GGUAGCCACUGGUGGCUUGCCUUGCUUUGUAAGGGCAUCUUCUGCCUGUUGUUUUGAUAAUAAAGUCUGAGGUGAAGGACGAUCAUUUAGUAGACCACUGAAGCAUAAUCCAGAGGAGAAACAUGGGCAGGAAGUAUUGAUUCUGAUUAAUGUUGCAAGCACACCCAAUGAGCUUUCUCUAUGGAAGGAGGUGAAAAGAAGAAGAGAGGGGCCAAGAAGUACUGUUUUUGGCAACUAGAAAGAUGCCUGUCAAUCCCGAUGAGCGAGAGACGAUCUGCUGUCUUGCAAGGCCUCAGAUUAAACAGCCAUUUUAUAUCUCUCUGCUGACUCGGAAAGCGUCUCUGUGGAGGGAGCAAAGAAAGGAAAGAAUCUGACACUUCCUUCAAAUUGACUGUAUAAAAUACAAGAAUAAAACCCCAGUGCAAUACCAUUGUUAUUUUGAUUGGACCCUCACCAUACUGAGGAUCAUUGUGGAGCUUCCUGAAUUGAGGCCUGGAACGUCUUGGUGCUCAUUGCUGCCUGGGACUGUAAGCAUGAGUGAAUUCUGGUUGUGUUUCAACUGCUGCAUCGCGGAGCAGCCUCAGCCUGUCAGCUCCAUUCAGAACCAAAUGCAGUCCAAGGGGGGCUACGGAGGAGGCAUGUCUGCCAACGUGCAGAUGCAGCUGGUGGACACGAAGGCCGGAUAGCCCUGGUCUCCUCUCGGUCAUUGUGAAUUUCUGUAUUAUCUCUGUCCGCUGUUCUAUCUUUUUUUUUGGUCUUGUGAUUGCGUUUCUUUUAUUUUUAAUGAUACAAGAGAAGUGUGACGGCAGCCGCUCACCUUGUGAUUCUCCAGUGAGACGUUACCGUUCUGCUCCCUCCGAAGACGCCGCCGCCAGGCAAACCCCGCACUUCCUUCACCCGGCAUGCAUGCCUUUACACUCUGGACAGAGUUCUUUGGAUCGUAGCUGAAUUCUCAAUGUUGAACCAACGUGGAUCUGAUCUUAGCAUGAUCUUUCUUGUGAAUGCUAGCAUCGUUUUGCAGUUGUUGCUGUUUUUUUUCCCCCCAUUUAAAACCUUUUCUUUCUGCCUCUAACCCUUUGCCUUAGGAUUUUACUGGUAAGCAAUGGCCUGUGAUGGUUUUGUUCACUUGUCACCAGGUGUGUAUAUUUUGGAAGGUAUAAGACCCACAAGCACAAUGAUCAUUUUUAUUUGUUUGAAACGUCAGCAGAUGUCUGCAUGCUUUAUGGAGUUGCUUUGAUGGGAGCCCACGGCGGGGCAGAGACAAGCAGCCCUGGGCUGCCAUGGGCCGACGAUCCUGCUGCUAUUCGAGAUAAUUUAGCUGUGGCACUGAGUCACAUCAGUUCUGUAGACAAAGACAACUGUAGCUUCUUUAGAAGUAUAGCUUUUUGGUUUUUUUGAUUAGCGCUGCAAUAAGAGAAAGCGUGCAUUCAUAAGGCAUUCAUUUGGUUGUAAAUGUUGAGUGUAUUUAUUUGGAGAGCAAGGGCCUGUGGUUGUGAACAGGUGUGGUUGCGUAUCUGAGUGUUGUGCUGAAAUGCGCAUCGUCUGAUUGUGAGCACAUUCAUUCUUUGUGUACUCAGUCUCUCGUUUUUUUACUUGUAUCCUGGUUCACAUUUUGGCAUCCAUUUGUUUCUGCAAGUAGCCUGUUGAACGUCUAGCCUCGGUUUUGAACGGCAACCAGUAGAGUCAUUGGACUUGGGUAUUGCACAUAGUUUGGAGGCCAGGAAUGUUGCCGAGAUCAAGGCCGUGGCCUGGUUAGGUCACAGCGGUGCGAGCCCGCUACGCAGUGAGUGUGACGGUUUCGGCAAGAGGUCUUUGCUCAGGUUCCAAAGGAUGUUCAUUGCUCACCAAUUUUGUAUACUUCAAAUAUUCCCAUAAAUGUUCCUCUUCCCUACUAGAAUGAAAUGUCAAGCCAAAAUGAGUGAUUUAUGUUGCUGAAGUGUUGAAACCCCAUGUCCAGUUCAGGCCUGACCACCUGCUGGCCACGAGGAAUGGUUCCCGCAGUGCUGCGCUCCCGGAGGGCCUCUGUAGGAGAGGAGGGCUUGCCUGCUUCUAGCCCUUUCGCUCCCCUCUUCCCCUUCUUGCGGAAUAAUAGCAAGAAGCGCUAGCUUAGGCCAAGGUGGAGGUACCCUCCCCGAUUCCUCUGGAUUAGUUCACCAGUCCAGUGGGGCGCCAGGUGACCGCCAUGCUUCGGUGUCACAGUUCUGAGCCUCUGCAGGUGUCCGUCCAUAGCACUGGGAGAAUAUGUCGAACAAAAGCGUUGGGCAUUUUGCUUAAUAACUUGGUCUGUUGUGUUUGGUUGAUGGUGUGGACACUGCGUUCUGGAAUGUGCCUGAGGACCAUUGUCACUCUGCUUAGCAUUCUGCUGCCAGCAAACAUUUUCAGAUGGACUGGAUUUUCUUGCCAUUGUCAGCACUGAUGCAUUUUACGUUUUUAAAUUGGUACAGUUUUGGUAAUGUCACUUAACUCCUGGAACAACCAUACAGGGAACUUACUCCUUUUCCCCAAGUUAGAUUUGAUUUACUAUCACUUUUGCUGCUCUAAGACCCACAAGUGUUGGAGCCUGCGUCAUGGGAAGCCAAAGGCUGGCCCUCGCCUCUCCAUGUCCUGCCUUUGCCCCUGCCCUAAACUGCUUAGCACGGCCCGACCCCGGGCGCAAGAGCAAGAGCAUGGCCCACGGUGCCUGGGAAGGUGUGGGGAAAGUCAAGAAAUAAGAAAAUAACCAAGAUCAACCCUGCACAUGAGGCUUUUGGAGGCCUGAGCACUGGUGAAGGCAGAGGGCAGAUUUUCACCUUCGUCAGUGGGAUUGUCCCCUAUCCCAGUGUGUGUCAUUUUUAAGUGGAAGCUAAUAGGCUUUUCAUACGUAACAGUUACUUCAGUGAAAUGUGCUAACACCUGGCAAGCAAAAGGAACUGAAUGAAGAUUUCAUCUCCACGUGGCUCCCUGGGCAGCCACCUGCAUUCUGUAGAAGGCGUUUCUGCCAUCCAGGCAGCCAGCGCACUGGAGGCUUAGAGCGGAGGCGCUGGCCGCGGCCAGUCCAGGCAGUGCUGUUGGCGGGCCUUCACACACACCUCAUGAGUGCGUUCGCUUUCACCUCUGUUGUUAAAUUAUAGCAGUUUUAUUCUAGAGAACAAGUUUGCCUUGAUUUUGUUUAAAAUGACUUCUGCUCAGCACCCAGAAGAUAAAAUUGACAUAUUUUUAUAAUUAUAAGCAUACUUUUUUUGUACAUUGUGUUCAUUCUUGAAUAAAGUGAGUUCAGUAUUGGCUUGUAGAUAUUAAAAGGAAAGUAUUGAUUUUGAUUCAAUAAAUGUUUUCUUUCAAUCCUU